AGCGUCAGAUAAAGCAGAGAUUUGACAACAGAGUGCACAUCAGCUCCAGCUCUCAACAUGAGAAUCUUUGCUCUUGCCCCUUUAAUUCUGGGGUUUUACAUCUUGGGAGGCUUGUGUGCUCCAAUGAAGAAAGUGUUUGUGAACUUCCCUGGGGAUGUGCUGAAGAACCUCACCGAUGAAGACCUUGUCAAUGACUACCUGGAGCGUUAUGGUUACUUGGAUAGUAAAGCACGCAGUACAAAGCAGAUGUCUCUAUCCAAAGCUUUAACAAAAAUGCAGCGGUACCUAGGCCUGGAGGAGACUGGUCAAUUGGACGAGAAAACUCUGAAAGUCAUGAGAGCGCCACGGUGUGGAGUUCCUGAUGUUCGGAACUACCAGACCUUCAGUGGUGACUUGAAGUGGGACCAUAAUAACGUCACAUACAGGAUUCUUAAUUAUUCUCCUGACAUGGACUCUUCCAUUAUUGAUGAUGCUUUUGCCCGGGCUUUUAAAGUGUGGAGCGAUGUCACCCCACUGACCUUUACCCGAUUGUAUCAGGGUGAGGCAGACAUCAUGGUAUCCUUUGGAAAGAAAGAUCAUGGAGAUCCUUAUCCUUUUGAUGGAAAAGAUGGACUGCUGGCACAUGCUUACCCACCAGGAGAGGGCCUUCAGGGAGACGCUCAUUUUGAUGAUGAUGAGUUCUGGACGUUGGGCAAAGGAGCAGUUGUGAAGACAUAUUACGGAAAUGCAGAAGGGGCAAUGUGCCAUUUCCCUUUUACUUUUAAUGGCAAGUCUUACUCUACCUGUACCACUGAAGGCCGUGAUGACCAACUGCCAUGGUGCUCUACUACUGCAGACUUUGACAAAGACAAGAAAUAUGGCUUUUGUCCUAGCGAGCUUCUGUACACCUAUGGUGGAAACAGCAAUGGAGACAAGUGUGUCUUCCCCUUUGUGUUCCUGGGAGAAACAUAUGACAAAUGCACCACAGAAGGGCGAACAGAUGGAUAUCGCUGGUGUGCAACAACAAGUAAUUUUGACAAGGAUAUGAAGUAUGGAUUCUGCCCCAAUCGAGACACAGCUGUGAUUGGUGGAAACUCUGAAGGGGAACCAUGUGAGUUUCCUUUCACCUUCCUGGGGAAAAAAUAUUACUCUUGUACCAGUGAAGGUCGUUCAGAUCAGAAGCUGUGGUGUGCCACCACCAGUAACUAUGACAAGGACCAGAAAUGGGGAUUCUGUCCAGAUCAAGGAUACAGCCUAUUCCUGGUUGCAGCCCAUGAAUUUGGUCAUGCUUUAGGUCUAGACCACUCCAACAUCCAUGAUGCCCUUAUGUACCCUAUGUACGUUUACUUUGAGGACUUUAAACUGGACAAAGAUGAUAUUGAUGGGAUUCAGUACCUCUACGGUCCCAAUCCUGGUCCUGGGCCCACACCUCCACAGCCCAGCAAAACUACUUCCAGCCCCAGCACUACAACCACCACUCCUAACCCCAAAACUCCUAAGACACCAGACACUCCAACUGCCUCCCCAUCAACACCUGAGACUACCACCCAACCCAUUGAUCCAUCUUUGAAUCCCUGUCAGAUUCCCAUUUUUGACACCAUGUCUGAGAUCAUGGGAGAGCUGCACCUUUUCAAAGACGGACUCUACUGGAAGCUGAAGGCAAAGUCAAACAUUAAGGGCCCAUAUAGGAUUCAAGAAACUUGGCCUGCUCUGCCUAAUGUGAUUGACACUGCAUUUGAAGAUCUGCUGACCAAAAAAAUUUACUUUUUCUCAGGUCGGCGUUUCUGGGUUUACCAUGGCGAUAGAGUUCUAGGACCACGCGGCAUUGAAAAAUUAGGUCUGGGCAACGAUGUGGAAAAGAUUGAAGGUGCCAUCCAAAGAGGACAAGGCAAAGUUCUGCUUUUCAGUGGUGGAAAGUACUGGAGGAUGGACACAAAAACUCAGCUCACUGAUAAAGGUUACCCCCGUGACAUUGACGAUAUGUUUGGUGGAGUGCCACUGGAUGCCCAUGACGUCUUCCUCUACAAAGGAAGCUAUUAUUUCUGUCAGCAAUCUUACUACUGGAGGAUGAACACCCGCCUUCAAGUGGACAGAGUUGGAUACAUCAAGUAUGACAUCCUCAAUUGCCCAGAUCCUUCUCGCAAAUACUGAUUUCUCAACCCUGAAGAACUCUGAAGAUGUAAGGAUAUGGGUGGAGCAGACAGGGGUAGAGAAGAAAUUUGCUCUUUUGGGGAAGAAAGAUGUUCCUUUGGUGUACUUAAUUUAAUGUUUUUGCCUUGGUUUGAUCCUGGAGGAAGCAGGUGUUCUAUGCCUCUCUGGGACAAGGGUGAGACAGUGGUGCAUUUGCAAUGGAGUGUUUUCACAUUUUCCAAUUGCAAGUCUGGCAGUAUCUUAAAAAACACAGUAGGAACCAGGCUGUCUGCCAAAGGAUUUCUCCACACCAGAAUAAAUUUCCAAAUUUUGGACACUGGCCUCGUUUGAAUUUUGUCAGUUUGAAGUACAAAAGUAAGAAUUAAAUUUUAAAACUGACCUUGAAAAUAUCAAUUCCAAACAAGUCUCGAGGGCCCUCCCCUCUGGUCAUACUUUCCACUAGUGAGGCCAACACACAGAACCAAAUGUUUUUUGAAAAAGACCCUUUGCCAGGUAGCACUGCUCCACCAAAUUAUAAUUUAUCUUGCUACAGCACAGUUGACUUUCCAAAACUUUUCUGCACUUUACUAAGUCUCCAACGUUGGAGUCACUUUGUUCUUGCCUAAGUUUCCUGUGCAUUGUGACAGAACUGAACUGUCAAACUAUCUUGUCAGGCUAUAAGCACCCAAUCUAAAUUGUGUAGCAGUAGUGAUGGCUAAUCAAUUAGGUUCCUCUCUAUUUAACCAAGAGCUGUAUAACUAUGGCUUCUCAAGCGCAUGCUUGAGUUAAAUACAUGGUAAUCUUUUCUGGAACUUCUGUGGAUGGCCCACAUUCUACCACACUCCUUUGAUGGAUGAUUUGUAAUCUAACAAUAAAUUAUGUUAUUAAGAAAUUAAUGAUUUUUCAGAAUGUCUUGCCAAAAACCUGCCAUAACAUGUUAUUUGUCUGACUAAGAAUGGAAUCAUCCACUCUGAAAAUGUUCCACUUUAGCUUGUUGAAGAGCUUUCCUAUUACCCUUGAUCAAAAGGUCUUCAUACAGUCUCUUAUUAAAGUUACUAGAUACACCUGAAAUGUUACAGCAUUACCUGAUGUCAGUGCACCGUACUAGUGUGACCACAUUCAACUCUUAUCGAGAUGAUUUGGCACUAGGGGUUUUGUCAUUUCCACCUCCAGGAAACUUUGAAGAACAAAACUUGCAAUCACCCUCUGCCUGCCUGGAGCAGCCAGGGAAAAUGUUUUGCUAAACUUUAUUUUUAUGUUUCCACUUUGUAAUUUUUAUAAUAUUGUUAUUACUGUCAUAUAAAAUGAUGUAACUGUACAUUUUUGAUGUGUAUUGAAAGAAAGUUUUUUUUUUUAUUUAACUGUGCUUCUUAGAAAAGGCAAUUGAAAUUCAGCCUUAUUCUGAGCCUAAAUUAUUGAAAGGGAAAAUGAAAUUUAUAUAAAUAAAGUCAUUACAUUUCAAUUA